AUGAAUGCGACUUCGACGACGCUCGAGCCGGUGUUCGCCUUCCUCGAGUCAACGUUGUCGACAGCGCAGACGACAUUCGACAAGCUCCCAGGCUCAGCGGUAGUCCUGCGUUACGUGAAGAGCUCGCACAGGAAUGACCCUGGGCGAACGGUCCUGGAGUUGAUUCUGUUCGCCUUCGCUGUUUGGACCCUGCUGCAGUCGCGCACAAGGGCAGACAGGAAUGGGAAGCACUUCAUUCAGUUCAGCGAGAAGGAAAUAGACGAGCUCAUUGAUGAAUGGAUUCCGGAACCCCUAGCCCAACCUCUGACCAGUACGGAGCAGUCCGACCUCGCUAGCAUGCCUAUCAUUGCGGGCCCCAAUGGCCCAAAGCCCAAGCUGGUGUCGACCGGAAAGACCGCCGUCAACCUCGCCAGCUUCAACUUCACGGGGCUCGCCGGGAAUGAACACAUCAAGCAGCGUGCAGUCGAGACACUGCGCAAAUACGGACUCGGCAGCUGUGGGCCGCCAGGAUUUUAUGGUACCCUUGACGUCCACAUGGACCUGGAGAACGACAUUGCCGACUUCCUGGGCACCGAGGCCUGCAUUCUUUACUCUCAGGGGUUCUCGACCGUCUCCUCUGUCAUCCCGGCGUUUUGCAAGCGUGGCGACAUCAUCGUCGCUGACCGUGCCGUAAAUUUCGCCAUUCAGAAGGGCAUUCAGAUCUCUCGCUCGACUGUGCGCUGGUUCGACCACAACGACCUCAACAGUCUUGAAGAGGUUCUCAUUGGCGUUGAGAAGGAGAGGAAGAGGAGGCGGGGCCCAGUCACUAGGAGAUUCAUCAUCACGGAGGGCAUUUUCCAGAAGGAUGGCGUUAUGGUUGAUUUGCCAAAGCUUAUCGAGCUCAAGUACAAGUACAAAUAUCGCCUGAUCCUGGACGAAACCUACUCCUUCGGUGCAGUGGGACGAACUGGACGUGGUCUGACGGAGCUGUACAACGUUCCUGCUGAGAAAGUCGACAUCCUCCUCGGUUCAUGCGCCGUAGGAUUGGCUUCCUGUGGUGGCUUCUGCGCUGGUUCGCGUGUCGUCAUCGACCACCAACGCAUCAACGGCCCAUCUUUCGUCUUCUCCGCCUCCAUGCCCGCGCUGCUCGCCGUGAGUGCCUCAGAAGGCAUCAACAUCCUGCGCAGCACCCCAUCCAUCUUCGAGACCCUGCAGGAGAACAUCCGCACGGCCCGCGCUGUCCUGGACAAGCUCGAUUGCAUCACCAUCCCCUCGCACCCAGCCUCACCCGUCAUCCACGUCAACGUCCGCGCGUCCCACCCCGCAGCGCCCCCCAUGUCACCAUCUGCGUCGACCGGCUCUGGGUCGAGCAAGCACCAGCACUCGAACCCACAGUCUAUCGUUUCUUCAAAAGAUAAGUCGCAGCUCACCCCGGCAGAGUAUGAGGGGGAGGAGCGUCUGCUGCAGGAGGUCAUUGAGGAGUGCCUAGGGCAGGGCGUGAUUGUGACCAGGGCGAAGGGACUGAAGGGCCAGGAGGUGGUCGAGCCCCGGCCGAGCAUCCGCCUUGCCUUGACGAGCGCACUGACCAAGAAGGAGACGGAGAAGGCUGUUGGUGUUUUGAAGGCUGCGCUUGUCAAGGUUCUCGGGAAGCGGCGGUGA